AGGUACAACGUAUUUAACUGUGCAGUUAUAUGUCGAAAUUAUUCCUCACAUGAGUGUUGUCACGGAUAGGCAGACAGGGACGUUUGUCGAGCAUAUGGUUGAAGCGAAGGAAGACAUCCAACAUAUAUGUCAUUAUGAUAUGACUGCGGAAGAAGGUAUUGAACCAUACACAAGUGCGGAUGUUGGUGGGAUGCCUGUUGUGGAUUUCAAUGAAUGUCCGAGAUUGUUGUUCGAGCCGCUGACGUACGAAAAAUAUGGUCUUCACACGGAUGAUCUGGGAGGUUGUAAAGAAGUUCGGGCAGAAGGUCCAGGGCGAACCACACAUUAGACCAGUAGGGGGAUGCUAUUCGGGUCGAAUGAUCAGUUGAUAGCGGCAGUGCGAAUAUAUAACGCUUGAACCCAGAAUGACUUCCAUGUUGUGUGGUCUACCCCAGUGUUAUGGGUUGCUAGGUGUAAGGAGUCUGAUUGCGGAUGGAGAGUGCGUGCAAUGUAUCAGAUGAAACACCGAUUAUUCGAAAUCACCCAAUAUGGUAGUCUACACAUGUGUUUGAACGAACUUCUUUUGCAGGACCAUAAUCAAAUCACAUCGUCCCUCAUUAUUAGGGAAAUCGUGAAUAUGAUCAGGGGAGAUGUAUCGAUAUCAAUCCCCACAUUGAAAGAGUUCAUAAAUCGUCGCUUCGACUAUUUGAUCUUUGUAUAAGAAGGUUUGAUUGGGCAAACAGAAGAGAAUUGCCCAAGUAUUCGGUGAUUGGGAGAUGUCUUAUCAAACUUUGUCGAGGUGGAUGGAAGCGAUGUGCACGUACAAUCCUGGUACUGUAGUCAGGUGGACGUAGACUCUUGUUCCAGGUAGCGAGAACACCGCAACAUUUAUAUCCGUAUUUUAGUCGUUCGCAGUAUCUAUUCAGGGUUUUCGUCACUGUCCUCCCAUUAUAUGUGUAAAGGGACACACUUGCACGGUAAGUACAAGGGUAAACUCUUAAUUGCAAUGUGCCCGGAUGUAAAUAAGCAAAUAUUUUUCCUUACAUUUGCUAUUGUUGAAGAGGAAAGCCUGGACACAUGAAAUUAGUUUCUGUAUAAUCUUCAUUCCAUUACCGAUAGGGACGACAUUUGCCUUAUAUCAUAUCGGCAUAUAAGAAUUCUCACUGCAGUGCAACACAAUUCCAAUUGGCAACCACCACGUGCCCACCACUAAUUCCGCUUUUGACACGUGGUUAGCAACUUUAAUACGAAAGUACACAUUGUCAAUCUUAAAUGUAUGACUAAGCGAGCGAGAAGGGAGUAUCAGGUAAGAAAAUUUGACAAGUAGAUGGAAAGGAUAUUCGAUGAGGGUGGAGAACCAGCAAAAUCGUUUUUUGAUCAGAUCCCUCCUCAUUUGUGGACUUAAUGCCACGACUGUGGACGAAAGUAUGAGAACAUAACCACUAAUUUUGUAGAAUGUUUUAACGCCGUCCUGAAAGGCGUUCAUAGCCUCUCAAUAAUGAUCCUUAUGCAACUAACAUUUUAUCGCGUUACAUAUUAUUUUAAUAGUCGAUGAGAGGCUGCUCGUAACGCAAUAUCUGAAGGAAAUGCAUUCACUACGCAUAUCCUGUUAGCGAUGCAAAGAAGGAAGUUGAAGGCGAUCGAACAUCGAGUCACGACGUUCAACCGGUCUAGGGAUAGUUUUAACAUCACAACCGCGCAAUUGGGACCCUAUAAAGGAAAUAAGGUCUAAACUUUGAGCAUUCAGUGUAGACGCGAAUGCUCAUGUGGGAAGUGACAAGUUUUAUACUUUUCCUGCUCCCACAUUCUCAAUGCAUGUGCAGAGACACAGUUGAAUGCUGUCUAGUACAUUGAGUCAUGUUGGAGCACUGUCGAGAAUUAUGCAACAUAUGCUUCGGAUUUUCAUCCGAUUAUGCAUUAAGCGUACUGUCUAGCAUUCUCGUUACUGACUUUACAGGAAAAUCUUGCAUAUGCUCGACAUAAAGGUCGGCCUAGGAGUUCACGUCUAUAUAAUGAAAUGGACGUAAGGGAAGGUAGGAAGAAGAUCACGUUCAACAUGUGUCAUCAAGAAGGACAUAACUGCACAAGGUGUUCAAGAGAGAUCCAACUUGGGAAUGUAGCUGGAUAGUCACGAAGUUGCGAGAUUUGAUUGAUCAAGGCUAUUAAGCUUUUGAUGCGUGGUAAAUCGCUGCGAGAUUAAAUAAGCAUUAUUAUAGGAAAAUUUUUUUCAAAUAGAAUAUUAUUUAAUAUUUUAUUUUAAAAUAAUAAUAGAACGGGAGAAAACUCUUAAAAUGACCUCUUCCCUGUAUAUACGUAAGAAGAGUAGGACACAGCGCUUGGAUUCCGGCCACGUAUGCGUAUGGGCCCCUCAAAUAUAAAUGGUAAAAAAAAGAAAAAAAGAAAAAAAGGUUCCGAGAUGGAGAGCUUUCUCUGGAGUGACUUAGAUCUCAUGAUUUUGACGAGACCUUGUCUUUCCCAUCAUACACACUCUCACAUAUAUAUACAUACACACAAUGCUUGCCCUUCUUCUCCAUUCUCACUUUUCCCCUAUUCCACAUUAAUCAUGAUCCCCACUUUAAGAUAUUGUUACUUUAAUAUUUCCUCUACUCCCAGAAGAUCCUCCUCCUCGCUAGCUAUGACUUCGCCACACCCAUUUAUAUUAUUCUCAUUUCCCAAUCAAACCCAUCCGUCUCCAUGCAUGUGAGAGAGUGAGAGUGAGAGAGAGAGAGAGAGAGAGAGAGAGAGGAGGGCGUGGGGGUUCGGUCCAGUUGUAUCUUUUUUCUUUUUGCGCCGCGUGCUGAACGGUCAUUCUGGUAGCGUAGCGGCAGCACUGACUGCGGAUUAAGAUCACGACGCUUCUCCACCGACAUGGCUGCUGCAGAAUCUGAUCCCGACUUAGCUGCGGCCGAUACCGACCUCGAAUUCCUCUACUCAAACGACUCCUGGUACUCCGUACGGCUGGUUCUCCAUGCUGACAUGCUCACCGUCAAGUACCGCGACUUCCCCGACAUCUACGACGAGCGUUUCGUCCCCGGAGGCUUCAAGAACGCCGAUGAGGUGAAGCGCUUCAGAGAGAGGUUUAGGCCUGCUUCUUUACAGCUACAGGAUUCCGAAUGCUCGAAGGUCGAGCGUGGCAUGAAGGUUUGUGCCUCUUAUUCCUUCAAAGACGAUGACGUUCGGUUCCAAGACGCCAUCGUCGAAGAGGUGGAGUUCAAGAAGCAUGCUUUCAGAAAUGGAGAAGAGGAGUGCUUAUGCAUCUUUAUGCUUUCAUGGUUGCAUGGUCCAAAAGUUGGGACUAUGACAGCUACCAGUGUUGCAAAUAUUUGCACACUCCAAUCUUCUGCAAACACUAAUCAAACAUUAAACUCUUUUUUAAAUAUAACAAUGGAGAAGAUGAAAGCCACCUUACUUACUUCUGAUUCAGACUCAAAAAAAGGCGGUGACAAUGGGCACUUGAGGAGUACAGCACAGGCAUUUGAAGAGAUUAUUAGCAAUAGCUGGCCAAAAAUAGAGCAAGAUGUAGAUAUGGGAGGGGAAACUUCACUUAUGAAUAGAAUCACUGGCUAUCACCAUUUUGUAUUAAUUGACAAUUUGGAGAAAGACUUGUCCCCAAGAAUAGUUGUGGAAUUCAUACAUAAGCAGACUACCAUAUCAACACAAGUGUGCAUUUUUCCAAGCUUGUCUUCAGAGACAUACACGAGGGGAACCAUUGUAUCGGAUUGUAAAGAGAACCUGGAGAAAUUAUUGAAAUUUUUGGAGAACCCAAAUCACAUUAUAACAUCCUCGACAGGAAGGCCGUGGGUAAUCACUGAAAAGAUACCAAGGCAUGGAUUGUUUAGAACAUUAAUUGGGAACCUGAACGAGAAGUCAUUGAAGAAAUUACAGAGCAGAAAUACUAAUUGCAAAGAAUUAAAGCUCUGUCACUUUGGAACUAAAGAAUACAUGACAGCUAAGCAGCUAAGGGAUUUAUUCGUGGAGUUUGCAGAUCAUCAGCAGCGAAUGCACAAGAAGCUUGCAUUGGAAGAGAGAAAAAUCUUACACAUGUCUCACCCAGAUUCGCUGAUUCAAGCAAAAGAUUAACUGCCCUAAGUUCUUGUGAAUGUGUUAUCUAUACCUAUAUUAUGGUAGUGAUAAAUGUCCAAAUUUUUGUCUAUACUUGUGUACUUAGUGUGCAUGGAUUUUUUGUUCAUAAUGCGCACUACCUAACAAAUCUUGCUAUGAAAUAUAGUCGAGGUUUGAAUGCCUUCUCGACUAGUUGAUUCUCCA